UUGAUUAAGUUAGUCGAGUCAGGUGUGUCGUUAAGGGUUGUAACAGGAAGGCUGUUGGGCUGAUGUUGUAAACCAGCGUAACAGAACCACCAGGUGCUGGAAGCGAUUCAAACUCUUGUGAUGGAAAUGGACGAGUCUGACAUGCAGUAUGAGGUAGAGAGACCGUUUCCCUACAGCCCUCAGGCAGGAUUAUUCUUCAGUAUGAACCAUGAGGAGAAAAUAGAUUCAGAUAGGAGAUCUAUCUAUGUGGGGAAUGUGGAUUAUGGAGCGACUGCAGAUGAACUGGAGAUGUACUUCAAUGGCUGUGGCCACGUUAACAGAGUUACAAUCCCGUAUAAUAGAUUCACAGGCCAUCCAAAAGGUUUUGCCUACAUUGAGUUCUCGGAGAGGGAGUCUGUGAGGACUGCCAUGACUUUAGAUGAAACACUAUUCAGAGGACGUGUCAUUAAGGUAUUGCCAAAAAGAACAAACAUUCCAGGUUUCAGGACUACAGACUUGCGUGGAGGUUGGUCCCGAGGAAGAGGUUUCCGUACCUCGAGAUUUUACAACCCAUUCAGGGGCUGCCACUUCAUUAGGUCAGUUCUGCCAAUAAAUAACAGUACUUCACAUGAUAUGGAGCUUUAAUUGUUUUAGAGCAGCGGUUCAUGAUUUGCACUCUUCAUAUAUACUGAUUCAAUAACCUUAGUGGUGAUAUUGUAACCUUAAACUUUAAACCUAAAGUAAAAAUGUUGCUUUCAGAUUUGUGAAGCCUAACAUUACUGCAAUAUUUCAGUGGUAUCUUCACAUUUAUACUUGAAUUUUUUUUCUUGUAAAUGUGACAUUUGUACAUCUAUGCUUGUAAAUCCAGAAUUUGAAGCCUCUGUUUUUUUUUGUUUUUUUUUACAUGUCAUAAAACUGUAAUUU